CUAACAAAAAUCCAGUUUGCACAAACGGAGCUCGAUGUCUGACUCCAGAGGUUCUGCUCCGACGACGUUCCGACACGCCUGAGCUGCAGCUCAACCAGCCACUGUCUGACACGCCAGCAUCCGUCCAGCUUUGUGUCGGCCGUGACCUUCACCAGCACUGCUCAUCUGUUUCAGACGCUGCUCACUGAUCUGUCAAAAACAGCAGGGUUUACCCCCCAACCCCACCCACACACCCACCCAUUUGUUUCGUUCAGACAUGCAACAAUUCAGAGGAUGAAGAGCUGAUGAGGAGGAAGGCCAGCAAAGGGAUCUUUGCCAGGUGCAUCUGUGGGGGUGCUGCAACCAAAUUCCUCAUCUUGGCUGGUGGAUGUGGGGGGGGGGGGGGGGGGGACCCCCUCCCCCACCACCUCUGCAGCAGGAGGAGGAACAAUAACCUGAGAGGAGCCGCGGCAGACCGCCAGUCCUCCUCUCUGCGCAGGAGCAGCUCAGCGGAGAGGCCGUGCGGGAGUAUGUCCUCCCCACAGCUCUCCUCGUCCCGCAGGCAGUCAUGCUACCUGUGCGACCUGCCCCGCAUGCCCUGGGCCAUGAUCUGGGACUUCACCGAGCCCGUGUGUCGCGGAUGCGUCAACUACGAGGGAGCGGACCGGAUCGAGUUCGUCAUCGAGACCACCCGCCACCUGAAGCGGGCGCAGGGCUUCCAGGACGGCCGUCCGUCCUCGGCGCUCCCCGGCGCGGCGAAGGCUCAGGCGGCUGUGCUGCCCGCCAAGGAGACGGACGGAGCGGGGAAGUCCCUGCAGCCGGGUCUGGACCGGUACUCGGGGGGAGCGGAGACCCGCUCUCGCUUUGACUACAGCUGCGGAACCAGGCAGGCCAACGGAUAUGUUGGACCGAACGGGUACAAAGCGGACGAGGGUCCUCCGGACCUAAACCGGCAGAGCCCGAACGCCCGCACGAGGAGCAGCGGGGGCCCGGUGUCAGCGGCGGCGCAGACCAACGUUCCCCCGAACCUGCUGCCGCAGACGCUGCUCGGUGGACCGCCAGUCCCGCACGGCCUGGUCGGAAGAGUGGCCCCGCAGAACUCCAUGGUCGCCGCCUCCAUGUCCGUGCAAACUGGGCUGCCAGAGCCGGGGGGGCGGCGGCCUGCCUCGGUCUCCAGCACGGACCAGGAGCGGGAGGCGAAGGAGAAGCAGCGGAGCGCCGAGGCCCUGGUGGAGCUGAGCGAGAGCCUCCGGAACCGGCAGGAGGAGUGGGCGAGCCGACCCAAGGCGGUGCGGGAGACGCUGCUGGCGCUGUCCGCCUCCACGCCGUUCGACGUCCGCUUCAAGAAGGACCACGGCCUGGUCGGGAGGGUCUUCGCCUUCGACGCCGCGUCCAAAACUGGCGCGGAGUUCGAGCUGAAGAUCUUCAUCGAGUACCCGAGCGGCUCCGGGGCCGUCUUCUCCAGCGCCUCCGGAGUGGCCAAGCAGAUGUACCAGGACUGCAUGAAGGACUUCGGUCGGGGCCUCUCCUCCGGGUUCAAGUACCUGGAGUACGAGAAGAAGCACGGAUCCGGGGACUGGCGCCUGCUCGGGGACCUGUUACCGGAGUCCCUGCGGUUCUUUAAGGAGGCGGUUGGGGAGGACAUGCUGCCGCAGGCGCACACCGACACCAGCUUCCCGCUGCUGCCCACCUCCCUGCUGCUCCCGGGCCGGGCGCUGGGCUCCGGCGGCGGCAGGCCGGGCGGCAGGAAGAGGAAGGCCUCCCCGGAGCCGGACUCGGCGGACGGCGGCGUGAAGCUCGCGGAGGAGCAGCAGAGGCAGCAGUGGGCUCCCGCGGGCUCCUUCGGCGGGACUCCCCCCGCGCUCGCCCCGGGGCUCUGCUCCGGCCGCAGCACGCCUCCAGAGGCGCCUCCGCGGAACGGGCCGUCCCCGAUGGCGGCGGACGCGCUGGGGAACCCGUACUCUCCCAAUAAGGACAGGGACUCCGUUCACUCCACCUCCUCCAGACAGAACAGCAGCCCGGUGUCCCCCGCCUCCCUGAGCGGCCAGCGGCGCCUCCCUUCACGAAACGGAGACCUGCAGUCCGCGGGGGGCUCGGACCAGGCGCACCCUCCCAACGUGCCGGACUCCCCGGUGGCCAACAGCGGGCCCCUGUGCUGCACCAUCUGCCACGAACGCUUGGAGGACACGCACUUCGUCCAGUGUCCCUCGGUCCCCGUCCACAAGUUCUGCUUCCCCUGCUCCAGAGAGAGCAUCAAGGCCCAGGGCGCCUCCGGUGAGGUGUACUGCCCCAGCGGGGAGAAGUGCCCCCUCCUGGGCUCCAACGUGCCCUGGGCCUUCAUGCAGGGAGAGAUAGCCACGAUCCUGGCGGGAGACGUGAAGGUGAAGAAGGAGAGAGACCCCUGAUGAAGAGGAGGACUCUUCCUCUUUGUGGAGAUGCUCCAACUAAAUCAAAGCUGGGAAUCAAACCGACAGUCAUAAAUGAAGCAGAAACUGCUCCCCUCAACCCUUUUUUGUAAAGAAAGUCUUUUUUCUUUGAGAGAACUGUCAAACCUGUGAGUUCAAACUGUUGUUUGGUUGAAACCUGAGUCUCAGGUGGGACUUAUUUAUUUUUUAAUCUACUUGUCAAAAGAUUCUGCUGAUCUCCUGGGUGGUAAUGUGGUGGAUUCUUGUGAGCUUCCUGACUUCUCAUUGGUCCCCUCAGCUCAGAGGAAAGACUUCUGCCUCUGAAACUUUCCUUUAUUCGUCUGAAUUUGUUGCAGCUCAGCUCUGGCGUCUGAAAAAAACGACAAAAAGUUUGGUUUGUUGGUUUAAUUUUACACACAAACGGUUCAAAAGUUUCGGAAAAUUCAAGUUUUUUUUUCAUUCAAAAGCCAGAAAGUAAUCAAGAAAGUUGGAAAACAACAGUUUGCUGUCUCUCUUCAGUUGCUUGUCAUUUUUGAAACGACACACAAAUAGAAGCUGUCUAACAAUAUGAGGAGCCAGGGUUCCAGCUCUGCACUGUAAAAAGAAUACGGUGAAUUUUACAGUAAAAAGUGGGAGCCGGGCGAAAGUUUCACCGUAAUAAGGUGUUGCUUUUAAUGAUAUGAUGAUAAAAGCUUUUUUUUUUUUAAAUUUUUCUCAUUUUAACUGUAAAUGGAAGUGUAUUUACCCUUUAAAAUUAUAUGUAACACUAUAAAACUAGCAGGGGAAUAAAUUAAUUUUUCCCACACAAAAUAAACCCAAACUGGCUGCUGGAGUUACCAAAAUUUUACUAGAAAUAAUGUGUAUUCAUGAUAUGACAAUUUUUUUUUUUAUUGGAUCUUCUUGAGUUUUCAUUUUUCAAACUUCCCUUUAAAAUGACAUGUAUUCACCUCUAAAAUUGUUAUGUAACACCACAAAACUGGCAAAGACUUGUAUUAAUAUUUAUGGUAAAAUUAAAACCUGCAGCUGCACUAUAAAAAAUAAGGUGUUACUUUUAAGGACAUUGACGUAAAAAAAUCUUCUUUUUUUAAAACUUUUUUUAAAACUUACAGUUCUUGUGUAAUCUUUUUUUAAAUUUUAGCCAUAAAAGUAAAUGUAUUUACCCUUGAAAAUACAAUGUGGCACUGUAAAACCUGACAAUGUACACAAUUAUUUUAGGGUCAGACAGUUGAGGUUGCUUGCUGCAAAUUUUAUUUGCAGUAACCCGAUAAGCCAAAGCAAAGACGAAAAUUACUACGGCAAAAAACUGGAAACAAUAUAAAUCAAUAUGUUACGGUAAAAAAUGUUUUUCUGUGGUUACAGAGUAAUCUUUUACAUUUUAAUUGUAGAAGGAAAGUAUUUACUCCCACCCUCCCAAAAAAAAGCAUUCUUAGACGAUAAAAGUAGCAAAAACAUACAUUCUUUUUUUUACAGUAAAAAGAUGGCCAAAACUUCACUGUAAAAAAUGUGGUGUUACUUUUAAGGACGUUGUUGUAAAAACAUGUUUUUACAGUUCUUCCAGAGUAACCUUUCUAAUUUUAACUGUAAAUGUAAUUACUCUAAAUUCAAUGCAUCAUCAUAAAACUUCAGCAAAUACCAUAAUUUAUACACACUGUAAAAUAAAUACGGUGGUACUUUCUCUGACACGUUGUGUUUUGUCUACACCUGUAGGAGCGAUUGGAUCGACCUGCACAAAAACGGCUUUAAAUUUAAUCAUAUAUCUAGUGUAUAUUUAGUGUUCCACUAAAGAGUCUUUCUGUUUCUGAAGUUUUUCCCACCCAGACAAUUCACAAGCAAAUUUUGUACAAUUUUUAAGUCUUUUAUUGGACUUUAACACCUUGGACUAAAAAAAAAACGGGGGAUCCAAUACAGAAAUGCUGCUUUUUUAAUGGACACAUUUAUUUCUGACUUUAUUUAAGAUAAAUAUUUUGUAAAUGAGGAGUUUGGUUUAAAUAAACAGUGUUUAAUUAUUCUCUUUUAAUUUUCUCUCCUGAACUUACAAAUGUGACAUUUAUGAUCAAACACACAAAAUAUUGUUGUUGUCCUUUUAUGUGUCUUGUCAUUUAAAAAGACUUCUCGGUUUGAAUCCCUCUAUUCUACGUGGUCACGAUGGUGUUGAAGCGCUGAAAGCUGCAGACGUGUUGCUGACAGAACUCCUCAUAGGGUUAUAUUUAACACCAUAGCAUAUCCUGUGACCUGUACUUCUCUAUGGGGAGCGUCCUCCCCCCGUGCAGUACCGGCCUGGGGUGUGGGCGAGGCUCCAAGCGGCGCAGUUCCAUGUUUAGGUGUCAUAGAUGUUUCCGAGGCAGCCUCCUCGGGGUGUCUUUGUGUAGAAACCUUGACGUGUUUUGUGGUUUGAAUGUUGUUGGAACACCUGCUGCAGGUGAUUCCAACACAUCCUGGUCUUGUAACGUGCCUUGAGGCUGAGCCACUUCUAAUAAACUCCCCCUGUAUGAACGUUUCCGUCA